AUGGAGCGCUACGGGCUUCGCUCCGGCGUUUCUCGCCUCGGCCUCUCCGCCCUCGUCGCGGGUCUCGUUGCCAUCAGCUUCCUCGCGACCCACGCCAACGCUGCUUUUGCUGCAAACGCGUGCGCGCGCGUCAAAUGCGGGUCCAAGGCCUCCUGCACUUUCAAUCGUGAUGGCACUCCCUACUGCUUGUGCAACGAUGGUACUCUUAACUUCAACGAAACAGACAAGACGUGCUACAACGCGUGUGCCAAGAAGAAGUGCGGGCCAGAAGCUGUUUGCAAGCACAUGGCUCCCAUUCCCAACAGCCCUGCCGAGUGCAUCUGCCCCAACGGUAAAAUCUACAACGACAAGGACAAGAAAUGCUACGCCACGUGUCACAAGGAUUGCGGGGCUGCUCACUGCGUUGUGAAGAAUGGCAAGCAGCAGUGCCAGUGCCCCGAGGGCCUCGUGUUCAACCCAGCCAAAAAGACCUGCCGCGCUGCUGCUCGUCGGGCAGGUGGACAAGUGUAA